UAGCGCUUUCGAGAAGAUUCCAGAGUUUCCUCUCUAGUCUCUGGUCGAUCGAAUAAAAGCGCAACUCAAAGCGCCGUGCAGACUUGUGGCAGCUGUACUAGCACUGCACGAUUAUUAUUUUUGUGCUACGUGUGUUGUCUCUUUUUGAUUGCAUUCAGUGCUAUUUUUUGGCGCUAAAAGUAUUCGAUAUUUAAAAUAUCACUCAACACUAUAUUUUGAUAGAAGACUAUGGCAUUUUCACGAGCAUUGCUUUAUCCUUCUUCCCGAAGUUGGUGGGAUACUUGGGAUUAUCCUUCUUCAAUAUUAGAUCAAAAUUUCGGAAUGGGACUCCUGGAUUCUGACCUGUUAGCCCCGAGAAUGUACUGUGGAUAUUUGCUACGUCCUCGAACUCAAAGCAACAUCGAGUCUUCUGGAGAAUCGCAGGUUUCCAACGAAGCAGAUAACUUCAAAGUUAUGUUAAAUGUCAGUCAUUUUAACCCAAAGGAGAUAGAAGUGAAAACUGUUGACAAUUUUGUUGUCAUUCAUGGUAAACAUGAAGAAAAGUCGGAUGAACAUGGGUUUGUAUCCAGAGAAUUCACUAGGCGUUAUAUGCUGCCUGAGGGAGUGGAACCAGAAAAAGUGAAAUCUUUCCUCAGUCAAGAUGGAGUAUUGACAGUUGAGGCUCCCAAGAAGAAACUUGAACCUCCUCCUACUAAUGAACAUGUUAUUCCUAUUACUAUUGAAACUAGAGCUGCAGUUGAAGACCAAAAAUGAACUGUUAAGUGUUGAACACUCCAUAUUUAUCUUUAAUAAUGGACCCGAUUUCUAGGUUAGAUAUGUGUAAACUGUGAUUGAUGUUGUGCCAUUUGUGUUCAUGUUUAUUUCUUUAUUUAUGUACCUUAAAGAAUAAAUUUAUGAAAUCG